CUGACACCAGAGAAAUACUCCAUCCGCGGGUGGAAUGUGCCUGUCUGCCUCUCGCUCACAAGCAUACAACUCAUCACAAGUAUAAAUACAAUUAACAUUGAUUCACAACAAGACAGCGGCCGGGGAGGCUCGAGUGGUGGCCGAGGGUGGCCUGCACCCGACGCACCCUUACAUACAUCACUAUGUUCACUACACCCAACAGUGUGGGCUAGCAUCACUCAACAAUACAAGAGCUGGCAAGUUGAUGCAUCAGAGGAGCAGCUGCUCCACAUCCUCCGGCACUAUGCCAACAACAUAACGGCUCUACUUGAAGCUACUAGCGGUAGGUACACGGUCAUGGCUAAUCUCACAAGUCCAAUACACUGA